AUGUCGCCGUCCAAUCAUGAGAACCCUCCUCCUCCUCCUCCUUCCAAUAACACGAAUCACCAAGGCUACGCCAAUCGUCACAUCCCCGACUUUCUGGCCUUAGAUUGCCAGCAACAAGGUGCUUCUCAAAUCAUCCAAGUCGUUACCGAUGGCAGACAACUCACAGCGGAACACUUGAAGAAGCAACAAGAUGACGGAGGCAUUACCUUGACGCGACCCAUUCUGAUAACCGAUACUCCCCAAUCGAUUGGCAUGAAAGUCAUCAAAUUUCGAGGCCGAGAAGUACAAUUGAGGGACCUUGCUAACAUUUUAGGAGGAGCUUUUCCCUUUGCUGUGAUUGAUGUGGAACAUCAAGAAGAAUUGGAAGGAUGGACGCUGGGGGCUUUUGUAGAUUACAUUGAAGAUCCCUACCGGCGAAAAGAAUCGGGACCAUCACCGCUAACGGCCGGCCUCGGUGGUCCGAAACGAAAGCAACGGCAAGCCGUAGUCAAGGCCUUGGAAAAGAAAGCACAGCAACGACCUCGUGUUCUAAACCAGAUAUCACUCGAGUUUAGCGAUACACCAUUGCGACAAAAGAUUACGUCACCCCAAUUCGUCCGGGAUCUAGAUUGGAUUGAUCAAGCCUGGCCUGGCCGAGGAAAAGGACAAUCCAAAAAAUCUCGCGUCUAUCCAAAGGUGCAAUACUACUGUUUGACAUCGGCUGCGGGGUGCUACACGGACUUUCAUGUUGACUUUGGUGGAACAUCCGUUUGGUACCAUGUACUCUCGGGCCAAAAAGAUUUUUGUUUGAUUGCUCCCACCAAGGCCAAUCUACAAGUUUUUGAAGAAUGGAAUUGUAGUGCCAAUCAAGCCACAACGUUUCUUCCCAAUUUGAUUCAAGAUCAAAGCACUAUCCUUCGGAUCACCUUGCAGCCUUCACAGACCAUGAUUAUUCCUUCGGCUUGGAUUCAUGGGGUCUAUACACCUUCCGAUUCCAUUGUGUUGGGUGGCAACUUUUUGCACGGCUUGGAUAUCGAAAAGCAAUUGGAAGUUUAUGACAUUGAAGAACGAACCAAAGUAAUGGAACGAUUUCGUUGCCCCCUUUACAAGCAGUUGCAAUUCUAUGCAGCUGGAAUGUAUUUGAACAAGAUGCGAAAGGGAGACAUUUGUACCAGGGAAGUAGAUGGUUGCUCUUGUUUGUACGAGACCCUCCGGUCGUGGUGGGAUGAAUAUCGGGACGAAGUACCUGAGACAGCACCUGACAAAGCUCCAAAUGUGGCUACAGCUGCCCUCGAAGUGGCUCGACAACACAACUGUAUGGAUGUCGAUCAUUUUCUAUUUGAUUUCAAGCAAGAAUACACUCGAGUGAAACAGCAUGGCAUUUGUCCCAACGAAGACAAGGCUACUACAAGAACCAUGUCGGAACCAGUCUUGGACCGUCCAAAGUUGAAACUCAAACUAAAAGCCAACGAUGGUAUGUCGUCAAAACCGGAGAAACCACAAUCACAGCCGUCGACAGUUCCCAAAGUGGAAGCCGUCACCUCACAGAGUACCGGUAGUACAGAACCGAAAAAGGUGAUUCGGCUCAAACUAAAGACUGCUGAUACUGCACCCCAACCAGUCGCACAGGAAUCAUCGUCGGCGGCAGAUCCUUUUCGGAUCGUCUUGUCGUCCAGCACGAUUUUCUCCGCCAAGGUCGCAGCACCAACAAAGCCAAAAGUAACAGUCAAACGAGUUCGUGAGGAUACGGAAUGGUUCGAUGAGGGACCAGUGCCUGACGAUGAAUGGAUGCCAUCAUCAUCUACCAAUAAUAACAAAACGAAAAAGGCAAAGGGGAUGCCAAACAGCAGCAAUAGCAGCAGCAGCAGCAGCAGGGGAAAGAAUAAAGGAAAACAGGGAACCAAGUCUACCGCACGAUCACGACUGAUGGGGCGCCUUCGAUGA